AAUCCGGUAAAUAGUUUAAUACACGGCUCUGAGUACGAUAAUCUGGCUCCGUUGGUCCAUGCGGCGCCACCACAUGGGAGCAGCAGCGGCGGCAGAGACUGAGGGGCGACAACAUGUUGGUCUUAUUUGAAACCGCAGCGGGCUUUGCCGUCUUCAAGUUGCUGGAUGAAAAGAAGCUUCAGCAAGUGGAUAAUCUAUUUGAAGACUUUGUGUCUGUAGAGAAAGCAAGUAAAGUUGUCCAGCUCCAAGAGUUUAAAAAGUUUGCUGACUCUGCAGAUGCUUUAGAGGCUGGAGUAGCACUUAAUGAAGGGAAAUUAUGCAAGCCACUUAAGAAACUGCUGAAGAAGGUGUAUUCACAGGAGUCUCAUGAACAUCUGAUGGUGUGGGAUGCUAAACUUGGAAAUUCAAUCAAGGACAAGUUGGGUGUACAAUGUGUGACCAACAACAGCGUGGCAGAGCUGAUGAGGUGCAUCAAGUCCCAGGUUGAGGGUCUGAUCCCAGGCUUGCAGGAGAAGGAGCUUUCUGCCAUGUCCCUUGGCCUUGGACACAACUUGGCUCGGUAUAAGCUCAAGUUUUCUCCAGACAAGGUUGAUACCAUGGUUGUCCAGGCCAUUUCACUCCUUGAUGACAUUGACAAGGAACUGAACAACUACACCAUGAGGACAAGGGAGUGGUAUGGCUGGCACUUCCCUGAGCUUGGGAAAAUCCUGACUGACAACAUGGCUUACAUCCGAACUGUCCUGAAGAUGGGCACACGAGAGAAGGCGGUAACAUCAGACUUCUCAGAAAUAUUGUCAGAAGAACUAGAUGAGAAGGUGAAGGAGGCAGCAGAAGUAUCUAUGGGAACAGAAAUAUCAGAUGAGGACAUAGCAAACAUCAAAUGUUUAUGUGAGCAGGUUCAGGAAUUGACAGAGUACAGAGAGCAGCUUUAUACAUAUCUCAAGAACAGGAUGGCAGCCAUUGCUCCCAAUGUUACUAUUCUGGUUGGAGAGUUGGUGGGGGCUCGUCUUAUAUCUCAUGCAGGCUCUCUCAUCAAUCUUGCCAAGCAUCCGGCUUCCACCAUUCAGAUUUUGGGAGCUGAGAAGGCUCUCUUCAGGGCACUCAAGACCAGGCAUGCCACACCCAAAUAUGGUCUUCUCUAUCAUGCACAGCUUGUUUCACAGACCAGCACCAAAAAUAAGGGUAAAAUGUCCCGAAUGUUGGCUGCCAAAGCUGCCCUGGCGUGUCGUUAUGAUGCUCUUGGGGAAGAGACGACAACAGAGAUGGGUAUUGAGAACAGAUCAAAGCUCACCUCCAGAAUAGCCAUGCUGGAGGAUGGCCACACCCAUAAGAUCUCAGGAAUGGGGAAAACUCUUGCAAAGUUUUCCAAGUACCAAGGAGUUGGAGAGGUGCAACAAUACCAUGCUGCUGCUGACACCACUCUGGGGAGCUCAACGAAACGCAAGUUUGACGAAUCCUUCCAGGAAGAACCACCAAAGAUGAUCCAAGUAAAAGAGGAAAGCCAAGAAGCUGCACAGACUGACACUGGAAGUGAAAAGAAAAAGAAGAAGAAGAAGAAGAAGUUGCAACAAGAGGGAGGAGACGAUUCUAUUGUACAAGAAGAACAAAAGAUAAAGCAAGAGGCAGAUGCAGCUGAGGGGGCUGAGGCCAUGGAAGUUGAACAGCCAGAGAAGAAGAAAAAGAAGAAGAAGAAGAAGGUGAAGACAGAGGGAGGAGCAGAGGGUGCUGAAUAGUUUAGGUAAAAUAUGUUCACAUGAAUAUCAAGUGAGUUAUGUAGAAGUUGACAGGAGGAAAUUAUUGAAGAAAGGACCUUUUAGAUUUACUUGUAAAUUUGAAUGUUUUCAUGCUCUUGAUGUACAACAUUUUGUUAUUAGUGUGAGGAUCCUUCAUUCAUAAUCAUCCUCAAACAGUAAAGAAAGGAAUGCCCUGUUCCUCAUUCACAUAAAAGUAACUUGUUCACAGGUAUGUUAACAUCCUAGAAAACAAACCUUCUCAGAGUAAAAAGGUUAAAAACAAAGUUGAUACUGUCUGGCUUUUCUUGGUGGCUUUGUGAUGUACAGUAUUUAUUAUCAGUGCAGCAGUGCAUUGCAGGUGUAUUUUCCCCAUUAACAAAGUACAUUUAAAAGUUAACAUACAAAUUAAUUUCUAAUCUAAAUUCAAUAACCUAAAUGUAUUACUAUGUUAGGGAAAGAUCAUUUGAAAUUUGUGAUAACAUUUUUUGGUCAUAGAGGAUAAGAACAGUACUUUUAGCAAGUAUGCCUAUAUGAUAGUUACUACAUCGUGUUAAAUACUGGUGCCAUAAAAAAUUACAUUUAUAAUCAGAGCAUGAUAAUCAUUUUAUAAGUGAAAAGUUCUUUCUUCAUAUUUUCCUCCAGGGGAGUGGGUGGACAUGUGUGUAUGCCGUGCACAUCAUCAUUAAACACAGUGCAAUUAUAAGUUAACUCAUACAAAACUGUUAAGAACAACACAAGUUUACUGAUUGUUAUUUUCAGAAAAAAAAUGGUAACUGACAUUUUUAACUGGAGAGCUAACACUUUUUUCAUCAAGCGAGAAAUUUAUUAUUUACUUAAAUUUAUAGUAGUAAAUUAUAUGUUUUGAAGUGCAGGGUAUUGCUCAUGUAAUUCUUAAAAAUAAAAGUGAUAUUGGUAAU